AUGUCCACCCUUGCUCCUAUCUACAGGCCUGCCGCCUCUCAGCAAUCCUUUCUCACUCGUGAGCAGAAGCGUGAGCGUGAGCGCAAGCGCAAGCGCGAGACCCGCGAUGACCAGGCCCGUGAUGACGAUGGCGAAUCCGAUUCGUCCGACGAGCCCGUCGUGCAGAAGAAAGACGAUGCCCCGCGAGUCCUGCACCCGGUGAACAAGACGGAUCCUUAUUAUGUCGCUGGCCAUCCGCGAGAAAAGCCGCUGCCCGGCGACAACUUCCCACACGCAGCGGUGAAGGAAUACAAAGCACCGCAGCCACCUGUAGAGGAAGAACUCGCCUCGUUGAAUCCGCCACUAUACGUCCCAAAGGUAACACCCGAAGAUGCAUCUGGUUCUCUGAGAAGGCGCCAUCUUGACAACCUCGCCGCCAUUCUUCACCAGCGUAUGUUGCAUGGAGAUUGGUCGAGAGCCUCGCGGGUGUGGGGCUUGAUACUUCGCACUGAAGUUCAAGGUUAUGGGCCGGACAUAAGGCAAAAUGGCCGCUGGAUGAUCGGCGCGGAAUUGCUAAUGCGACGCAAUCAAAGCCUGGAACAGCAGUAUCAGCGUCCUUCGACGUCAAGCAGUGCUGAAAGCGAACAUGACCAAGGAGCGUCUGGCAUCGCGAUAUCAGACGAGGGAUUUCAGUUGGCUCGCGACUACUACCAACGUCUGGCAUUACAGUACCCACACCACGCCCGAGCGCAUCAUUCAAUUGUGACAGCCUUGGCCAUAUAUCCAGCUCUAUUCAGUGUAUGGGUAUACGAAAUACAAGACCGAGCUCAACGCCUGCGAGAUGCUGUCAAGCUGAGCAUAAGUGACCGCUCCGAGAUGAGCAGCCCUGGGAAUGAUCAUCGGAGCGAUACCUCAGAACGCACGCGGAGGAUGCAGAACAUCACAAGCAAAGAGCUGGAAAGAGCAGUACCGCUCGUCCAGCGCUUAGAUGAGCUGAUGUUGAAUCCGCCGUAUGAUACCAGUUCUGAACUAUUACACAUUCAAGGAAUGGUGUGUCUUUGGAUCUCUGACCUUCACAAAGCAUUGUCGGAAAGCCCCUCUUCUACGCAAACGGGGUCUUCGUCUGAAGACGAGCGUCUUCCUUCGCGAAGGCUGCGAAGCUCUGAUGUAUCGAUACGACACCAUCAACAGCAAGCCAGUACUCAAAGAGAAAAGGCGAAGAGCAUUUUCAGAAAGAUGAUCGCCACCAAGAUGGAUGUCCCAGAGCACAUCGGGGCAUUUCUUCAGGAAGCCGGUGACAACGACGUCUGA